UCAUGAAAGCGGGUUUUUGUCUGCCUUGUUAAAGUGGUGGGAGGGAAGGCACCAUGUAUUUGGGGUAUUAAAAAAACAGCAUAGUUUGCAGCACACAUAGUUAGCCUUUAUACUGUAGAUAUAACAGUGGAAGGUGAUGGCUUCAGCCGGAUUCUACAAAUUUGAUGAUAACGAUGAUGUUGGAAACAGUUACACCGCUAAUUGUUUUCCCAUCCGAUCAUUCUUUCAUCAACGAAAAGAAGGGGCUGGUCACUGGCUUGUUGCUCACAGGAAUGCAGUGGAACAUAAAUACUGGAAUAGAAAAACAGAAGGAAUAAAAUAUGCCUCAAAAUCAAUUCUGUCUGAGUGCACAGGAACAUCAGAUAGCCCUGGCUCUACAUUGGAUGCUCAUCUCCUGUUGUCGUUGCAUUGUGUGGACAAGCCUUCUGACCUCUGCUCUGUUGACAUUAGUGAGCAGAAACUGAACUUGGUUAAGACUGAAGAUUUACUGGAUUUUGAGAAUGUUGCUUAUGUCAACGCAUCUGACAACUGUCUAACAAUCGAACCAUUUGGUAAAUUCCCCUCCCUGAGGGAACUUGAGCUUUCGUUGAAUGGCCUCUGCAAUGUGACACUUAAUACUCAGGACUUCCCUCACCUGGAGGUAUUAGAUUUAUCCUACAACAAUCUGUCUGGAGAUAGCAUCCUUUCCAUUGGGCUAAUUCCCUGUCUGAAAGUUCUUCAUCUUACCGGCAAUCAACUUCAGUCUCUUCCUCCAAACAUGGCUGUCCAUUGCCAUGGGUCCUCACAGAGGACAAAGGAUAAUGGCACGCUAUUUCAUUGUCUCGAAGUACUGAUGCUAGAUGACAACAAGCUGUCCUCGGGUGUCUUCAGCAGCCUUGCUAACCUGAAAAGACUACAGCAUUUAAACCUGCAGGGGAACAACAUCACAGAAGUACCAGAGGUGUUGCCAAAGAACCUGCAGCAGAAGGGAUAUUUCAAUCAGCAGGAGUCAGAUAAACAACACAGUGUUGAACAAAAAAUCAAGAAUCAUCAUGUUUUUGAGGGUUCGGACACAAAAUACAUGAAUGCCAAUAUUACGAAACACCUGCAUCAGGAUGUCAAGAACAGUUCAGAGGCUAAAUGUGUUCAAUCCAAAACCCAUUAUCCGACUCACAUUUCCCUUGAGACUGAGGCAGAAGACGUUGAGGAACUUUCUGGAGCCUACGCUUUUCCCCUACCAGAGCUUUGUUUCCUCAAUCUGGCUGACAAUAAGAUUGUUGAGGAAGAAGCUUUGUUGUCUGUUGCCCUGUUUCCUAUGCUCAGAGAGAUUGUUAUUCACUCCAACCCUCUUACCACGCAGAAAAGUGGUGAUCCACCCCUUCUGACUAGCCUCCUCCAGGAGAGGUUAGGGAUUCAGAUCAGCCGGAAGAAGCCACCAGCAGUUGUGAAGCCCCCUAUGACAUUUUCUAUCGACACAAAGCGGAAGAUAAAAACGAAUAUUCCAAAGGUACCGAAGGUUUCUUUAUUAAUGCUCCUUGAGGCUCCUUGUACUUCUGCCAAACAUGAUCCUUGUUCUCUGCAUGAGAAACAUGUUAAAUGUUGCUGUAGGAGUCCUCUCUUACUAGAGGGCAUGUCAACAAAAAAGACUGGCUGUACUUCACAAUCAAAGAAUCAUGAAAAUGAACAGGAAUCCAUAGGAGCAACAGAUGAUGCAGUAAAGUCAUCAGAUGAUACCUUCCAAAAAGGAGCAUCAUUCUUUGUGACACAGGUGACCGAUUUACACUAUGAAUCUGAAAACCAUCUCCUAUCUGACGAGAAAGGAGUCAAAGAGUUGGAGAAAAAUGCAAUUCCAGGAAAAUUCAAAGGCUACGAAUUGCUCUUGGAUGCUAAACCAGAUCCAGACAUGGUGGAGCCUGUCGGAAUACAACAUACUGUGAGAAUGUUGAAGCAAAUGCUCAAUACUCUCCUAGUUUACAGAGAUUCAAAACCUAAUCUCGACUGCAUACAGAAACCAUACACAGUUAAGGAGAAAAAGGUUGGAAAUCUACCAAAAAGACAAAAAAAGCAGAGAGAGGAAAGAGUUCAAGAGAUGCUCAUACAAAUGAAGGAGAGGAAAGCUAUCAGAAAAAUCCCUUUAAGCAGCGUAUUGACAGGCAAAGGUGUUUCCAAAAAAGAGUAUGAAGAGGCUCUGGCUUUGCUGAGGCACCUGAAGACAAAGUACAAGAUGGUUUACAUGCAAGCAGUGGAGCAGGCAACACAUAUUGAAUGUGAGGCGAUCUCAGACCAGGAUUAAAGAUUUAUGAACUCAGUUACUCUUGUCAAAUAUGACCGUACAGCUGUGGCAAAAAUGAAGAGAACACUGUACCUUUGUCUUUCCUUUCCAAAAAAGUCCAAAAGGAAAGUUUUGAGUGAGGAACAGAAGGAUUAAAAUUAAGA